UGAAAUCCCUGCUUCCGUGAAAAUCGAAGAACUCUAUGAAUAUUACGACCUAAAAACUGAACUUCCUUGGUUUAAAGAGGGAAUUUUUGCUAGUGAAUGGGCAAAGGAACACAAAUUAAGUUAUCAAAUUAUUGAUCAAAAAGAAUUGCCAACCGGAGUCUCUUGGGGUAGUAAGCAUCCGACAGUAUCGAUUAAUCCUCUCAAAUACUUGAAUUACUUAUUUGACGAGUUUAUUGCUUUGGGAGGAACUCGAGAACGAAAAACCAUUAGUGAUUGGUCUGAGGUCUGUCAAGAAAAAACAGUCAUUAUCAACUGCUCUGGACUUGGUGCUAAAAGAUUAGUCGACCAAAGAGAAAAAGAAAAAAUUACUUCGAUUGGUGGUCAAACUGUUAUUGUCAAAAUGAAGUUGGAACAACCAAUAGGAUUUAAGUUUAAGAGAACAUCAGAUUCCUUCAUCCCCUCGACUAGUGAAACCGAUGGUGAUAUCUACCCAAAUAGAGGUGCGAAACUAACGGAUGCAUCGAGAACGGAAUAUAAAAAGAUGUAUGAGAAUAUGGGCGAAGAGCUGAAAUGGAGAUUCAAAUCUGGACGAUAUGUGGAAGAUGUCAUUUAUGAAUUCGGCUGUUCGCACAACCAAUGCCAAAAAAAAAAUGCCAAUGCCAGCGUCGUCAGUUUGAAGA